AUGGAAUCUGAUGCAUUGUUAACUGAGGUACCAGAACCAUUAAAACGAUUAACCAGAUUAAUUGUUAGAGGAUUUUACUCUCAACAACAUGCUAUUGUGAUAGAUUUGAUAGUGAGAGUGGCUUGUAUUAAAGAAGAUGACAUGAUAGAAUUGUUAAAAUUUGAACGUAAACAACUGCGAGCUCUUAUUAAUACUUUAAAAAAUGACAAGUUUGUGAAAGCACAGAUGAGAGUAGAGACAGACAGUGAGGGUAAAACUACCAGACACAAUUAUUAUUAUGUUAAUUACAAUGUAUUUGUUAAUGUGGUCAAAUACAAAUUAGAUCAUGUGCAUCGAAAAAUUGAAAUGGAAGAAAGAGACAACACAAGUCGUGCUUCGUUUAAAUGUCCAUCUUGUCAAAAGGCUUACACGGAUUUAGAAGCUGGUCAACUUUUGGAUUUUAUGACACAGACUUUAAAGUGUACUUUUUGUGAUACUGAGGUAGAAGAGGAUGCUACAUCAAUGCCUAAACAAAAUGCUAGAACUUUAUUAGCUAAAUAUAAUGAACAAAUUCAACCUUUGUAUGAUUUAUUAAAAGAGUGUGAAGACUAUAAAUUGGCACCAGAGGUUUUAGCCCCAGAGCCAAUUGAUAUCAGGAAAAACUUACAAAGUUCUAAGAAUAAUACAGAUAAAGAAAAUGCUACCUGGAGUGGGGAAUCAACUAGGAAUAUUGGUUUUAACUACUCUGAAAGCAGUGUUACUAUAAACAUGGGAGAAGACAACUUGACAUCACCAAAUAAAGAUAAGAAAGAACGUCCAGUAUGGAUGACAGCUAGUACUGUUGAUGGUAUACCAAUGUUAGAUAAUCAAACUAUUGAAGAUGAAAUUGAUACAGGUCAAUCUAAAGACACAUCAACAGUGAGUAGAGAGGAUAUUAUGCAGACAUUACUAGUCCAUGAACCAAAGAGUGGUAAAACUAAUCUAACAGCAGGAAUAAAACCUGAAGAUAGUUCCAGUAGUGAUUCUGAUGAAGAAAAAUCAAACAAACCCUCAACUUCUGCUGGUGUGGAAGAAAUGGAGAGUGAAGAGGAAGAAGAGGUUGCUAUGGUAACAAUAGGAGAUAGAAAAAUACCACUACAUGAAAUAACUGAUAGUAUGGUUGCUCAAAUGACCCCAACAGAAAAAGAAGAAUAUAUCCGUCUAAGUCAGGAAAUGUAUGAAAAUAUGUAUGAAUAA